CAUGGCGGUUGCUGGGUAUGGCCUUCGAUUGACCACCUAUGGCCGUCUAUCAACCACCCCAGAUGAUGAGGCCCGAAACUUAGCCACUCCUCAAACCAGGAGAGAGGCUCGGAACGCACAUUUCCAUAGCAUCCAUAGGAUCCUGGGCAGGAUCGUAGAAAUCAUCACAUCUCAGGAAUGCAAGCUGCACCUUGUGUGCGUAGUCCUGGCUUUCGCUGUGUCGGUGGUGGUGAAGAACCUCCAAGUCAUCAAUGACCCGCCUCACCCAGAAAUUUUCCAAAAAUGGCUGCCGUGGUGGUGUGGGCCAGGCCUCGCACCUGAGGCCUUGGUCUGGUCUGCUUGGACCCAGGCCAUCAUCCUCCCACUCCUUGGUGCCCUUGGCACGGCAUCCUUUAUCCUGCGCUUGGGAAGGUCAAAGAAUUUCGGGAUGGAAAUGAUUAGCAUCUCUGCGUCCCUCAACAUUUUCUAUUUACUCUCCUUGGGGGGGAGUUAUGGCCUCGCCGAGGUGCCGCCCACUGAGGAGCGGCAGCGCGGGGUGAUUGAAGGGUCUUGGAGCAUCCACGUAGGUCUCCUUAUGUUGACGUUUAUGAAGCUGAUUCUUCUUGGGUGGUGGAUGGCGGCAUUGUCUUCUUGUGCGAUGUGGAGCUUUUGGUGGUGGCUUCGCUUGUUGCCUGCCCUGCUGAAACUGGGAUGGACUCCGUGGAUCGGGGCAAUUUGGAUUGGCAGUUGGUCAUUUCUGAUCCUUGCCACGGGGUUGCAGGCAUGGGCCUUGUGGGCGGCGGCAGAGGAAGCAUCCAAAUUUGGAGAGAUUCGGAAGAACUGGGCAGAGCAAGUUGAUCGAGAGGUCUUCUUUCUUCGAUGUGCUGCAGUUCUUAGCAUUUGGGAUUCAGUCUCUAUGCCACUAGCGGGGCAUUUCGUUGUUCCUAAGGUUGGCUUUGCCUGGUACCACGCUUUGGAUGCCUUUUUCAUGCUUGUCACGAUGCACGUACUUGGAUAUGAGGCCGGCACUCUGGAAGAUAUAGGCGACAUGGCAAGACUCCAGGGCAAGCGAAUCGCUUUCCCAGGGAAGGUGAACCCAGAAGCCAAGGAUUGCAUUGUAAGCUUCCCGGGCAAGUAUAGCAAAGAGUGGGAUGAUGCGGUUAAGGAAGCACAGGGACAGUCAAGCCUCUGCAGCUUGGCCUGUGUUUUCUUAACCGAUAAGCAGAGCGGGCUCGGCGACCACGUUGAAGAUCCUGAAGGAUGCGGAAGUUGUUUCUGCCAAGCACUCUAUGGGAACGUGGAUCCAGCAGCCUACCUCAGCGCAGUCGAGGAGGACCUGACGGAACAGAAGUUUUUGUUCCAGAAAAGCGAUGCUGAGGCGAUGGGCCAGGUUCUCCUCAUUCGGCAAGCAGAAAAUGAUGCUUCCUGGACCGCGAGGAAGAAAGAAGCACUCUUGAAAGCGGCCGCCAAAUGCAAGGAGAACCGCUACCGCGCGCCCUGGGGGUGCCGUUGGUUUGCCGACUGGAAGGAGAACGUGGACAAAGCCGGUCAGCAAGGGCAAAAGUUUCACGUUUUCUACUUUGAAGGGAAAAGGGGAUGUGGGAAAAUGGCUUGGGAGGACCUCAAAGAUGAGACGAAACUGCAGGAGGUUCGCGAUAGCACGGGCCUAGGCAAGUCGCAAACCGCAGAAGUCGCAUGGUUAGAUCGCUUGCGCAUCCCCUACGAGGAGCACGAUGUGGGCUGCGAUCGCGCCGGAUGCGACUUCUGCGGCCGGAAGUGCACAGCUGCGGUGCUUCAGAACUUCUUCUCACAAGGUUUAGUUGAUUUCCGCCAUGGAACUUUACCGUGGAACAUGGUGCCGGGUGUCAUGGCACGCAGUGCCCGGGGCGACAAGUGCUCCUUGUGCGGCAUGGACAGAGCUUGUGACCUGGAUGCAACGGCUGAAGCAGCCAGGCACAACGCCCACCACGACGUGGACGAAGUUCCGCGCGACCCGAUGCUCUCGGAGCUGGGCCAUGCGCAGGCGGCGAGCCUGCGCAGUGUGCCUUUUGUGAGUGCUGGCUGCGAACUGCUGGUGGUGCCGCGCCAUUCAGACGGCCUCGGCCGUCUUCGGGAGCUGCCGAUGUGCCGCACGGUGCUGACGCCGCUGCACUCGGAGAGCGCCUUGGGUGACCCAUGGAAGGCUGGUGGUUCACCCGAGGUAGUGGAGAGUGAGGAGAGCGAGCGCCUGGAUGAGACGCUGCGGCUGCGUUCCGAGAUCGUGCGGAUCAAAGCACAAGGUGAGAAGCUGGAGGGCGUGCAAGAUGCCUUGAAGGCUUCCAAGCAGCCAAUGGAGUACUGUGGUUCCAUCAAGAAGCAGGACCCGGCGGCUCAGGGAUCACUGGCAGGCGGCAAGUACCGAAAUAUCACGCCAAGAACUAUGGACGUCGAGACGGCCAUGCUUUACGGCCAGAGGUUGAAGAGUGCCGCCAAGAAAGGAAAGGAUGACAUGAAGAAAGAACAAGACCGACAGAAGAAGGAAUUGAACGCUGUGCGCCAAGCGAUGGCGAAGGCGGCAGGACAGCUGCACGUCAUGGUGCACGAACUACUGCUGCCACAGCCGGCACAGCGGGUGGCUAGGAGGCUGACUGGAAAACAACGCCCACCUCCAGCAUAUUUGGCUCUUGCAGACGGCGUGGCGGCGGCUCGAGAGGUGCCAAGAGAGGAAGUGCCACAGGAAGCGCGUGAGGAAUUGCAUGACGAAGGGCCAAGAGCAAGGAGCCCUGCUGAUCCGCCCCAUGGAUGGCUCCGUCAGAUCAAAGGGGCCCUAUGGCCGUGGCAGAAAUCGUAG